AUGGGUAACACCGCCCGUCUUCGCCUUCUUGUCCUGUUUGAAGCUAUGUCGCGCGACGCUCUGCUCAAUGCCCUCGGGCACGCCUCCAGUGGCUCUGCUGGCACGGCCAUCUCCACUGCCGCCGUCUACCCUCUCGACCUCGUCACCACGCGUCUCAAAGCCCAGCGUCACGUCAAAAGCAGCAAGGAUCACCCGCACUACGAUGGUAUCAUCUCCGCGUUCAAAGACAUUACGUCCCGCGAGGGGGCGUCAGCGCUGUACAGCGGUCUAGGCACAGAUGUGGGAAAGUCCGUGGUGGACAGCUUCUUGUUCUUUGGCUUCUACAACUAUCUGCAACGCUACAGCCGGCAUCCGCCGCGGGCCCUCGAGGAGCUCGCGCUGGGGAGUCUGGCGGGCGCCUGCGCCAAGGCCUUCACGACACCCAUGUCGAACGUCGUGGCGAGAAAGCAGACGCAGAGCGAGGAGCGCACCGUGCGCCAGAUCCUGGCGGACAUUUACCACGAGGGAGGGCUGCUCGGUCUGUGGUCUGGCUACUCCGCGACGCUGGUCCUUACGCUGAACCCGAGCAUCACGUUUUUUGUAAACAGGAGAUUGGCCAAGAAGGUGAUCCCGGCCCUGGAGGAGGAGGACAUUCCCAUUGCGUGGGCCGCUUUCUUGCUCGCUGCGUUGAGCAAGGCGACGGCGACGGCGUUGACGUACCCCUUCCAGACAGGCAAGACGAGACUCCAGCUGGCGGCGGCUUCUACCGAGGCCGAGGCGACGGAUGACGAGAAGGAGAAGAAGAGUGACACCCGUGAUCGAUGUCGAGCGUCGAUUGCGGCGCGCCUCAGACGGAUCAUUGAGGGCACCAUAUUCGGCGUCAUUGUGCGCAUCGUCCAUCGGGAGGGACUCAAGGCGCUGUACGAUGGACUGUCCGGCGAGCUCCUCAAGAGCUUCUUCAGCCACGGAGCGACCAUGUUCACCAAGGGCCUCCUUCACAGGCUAAUCAUUCGCCUGUGGCUCGUGUACAGCCCACAGAUGCGGCGGAGACUGCAAAAGAGGUGA